AUGGGUGAACGCAAAGGCCAAAAUCUUUAUUAUCCCCCAGACUAUGAUCCUAAAGUUGGGGGAUUAAAUAAAUUCCAGGGAACUCAUGCAUUGCGAGAGAGGGCUAGAAAACUACACAUGGGCAUCUUAAUUAUAAGAUUUGAAAUGCCCUAUAACAUAUGGUGUGAAGGCUGUAACAAUCAUAUUGGUAUGGGUGUUAGAUACAAUGCAGAAAAGAAAAAAGUUGGGAUGUACUACAGUACACCAAUAUACCAGUUCCGCAUGAAAUGCCACUUAUGUGACAAUCAUUUUGAAAUUAAAACUGAUCCAGGCAAUUUAGACUAUGUAAUAGUUUCUGGAGCAAGACGUCAAGAAAAUAGAUGGGAUCCAACAGAAAAUGAGCAAAUUGUCCCUGAAACUAAGGAAACUCAGAAGCGGCUGUUUGAUGAUGCUAUGUUCCGAUUGGAACACAAAACAUCUGAUGAGAGUACAAGCAAACAGGACAAGCCAAGACUUGGUAAGCUUGUCGGCAGGAAUGAAACUGUGUGGAAAGAUGAUUAUGAGGCUAAUUGCUCUUUACGGAGAAACUUUAGGAAAAGAAGAAAAGAACUAGAGGAGGCAGCAGUUAAUGAUGGUCUCCUCUUGGCGAAAUCCUCUCUAGAUAUAAAUCUGCUGCCGGAGAGUGAAGAAGACAAAAAUCUAGCAUCUCUUCUCGCCCUCAGACCCUCACGGAGCAUAGAAGAGAGUCAGAGUGCUGUGAGAAGUAAGAUCCUCAACAGUCCAGCUUUGCCAAGCUCUAGUGGCCUUAUAACAAGUUUUGGUGGACUCAAAAAAGAAGAGUCUCUUAGCAAAAGCACCUCACUUUCAAGAAAUGCACUCGGUAUCACAAUAAAAAGAAAUAAAUUAAGCCCCAAAGAAAAUACCACAGAUUCAAAAUUGAAUAACAUAGAUAAUAUAGAUGGGAAGGAAGAUAUUGAAUUAAAUAAUGACAUUAAUAAAAAUAACAAGUUGCAUAACAAUCUAGGAAACAUACCAACUAAAACAAAUAGUGUAAUAUCUUUAGUUUGUGAUUAUAGUUCAAGUGGGGAAAGUUCAGACUGA